AUGGUCUCCACCAUAUGCUCCUUGCCCUGUGGUCGGUGUGGUCCCGUCGGUGUGGUCCCCUCGGUGUGGUCCUCUCGGUGUGGUCCGCUUGGUGUGGUCAGCUCGGUGUGGUCCGCUUGGUGUGGUCCCCUCGGUGUGGUCCUCUCGGUGUGGUCCGCUUGGUGUGGUCCGCUUGGUGUGGUCCGCUUGGUGUGGUCAGCUCGGUGUGGUCAGCUCGGUGUGGUCAGCUCGGUGUGGUCCGCUUGGUGUGGUCCGCUUGGUGUGGUCCGCUUGGUGUGGUCCGCUUGGUGUGGUCCGCUUGGUGUGGUCAGCUCGGUGUGGUCAGCUCGGUGUGGUCCGCUUGGUGUGGUCCGCUUGGUGUGGUCCGCUUGGUGUGGUCCGCUUGGUGUGGUCAGCUCGGUGUGGUCCGCGUGGUGUGGUCCCCUCGGUGUGGUCCCUCUGUGUGGUGUCCCGGUCCAGGGACUGACCUCUGCUUGUCCUGCUGCUGAAUCAAGAGUCAUUAUCUCAGAUCUGCUGCAACGAGUCCAGAGGCGAGACACGAGACCAGAGGCGAGAAACGAGACCAGAGGCAAAACACGACACCAGAGGCGAGACACGAGACCAGAGGCAAAACACGACACCAGAGGCGAGACACGAGACCAGCGGCGAGACACGAGACCAGAGGCGAGACACGAGACCAGAGGCGAGACACGAGACCAGAGGCGAGACACGAGACCAGAGGCGAGACACGAGACCAGAGGCGAGACACGAGACCAGAGGCAAAACACGACACCAGAGGCGAGACACGAGACCAGAGGCGAGACACGAGACCAGAGGCGAGACACGAGACCAGAGGCGAGACACGAGACCAGAGGCGAGACACGAGACCAGAGGCGAGACACGAGACCAGAGGCGAGACACGAGACCAGAGGCGAGACACGAGACCAGAGGCGAGACACGAGAGGACAGGAGUGGGAUGGCGGUCGGGAAACACGAAGGGCUCGGAACGAAGUGUGGAAAUGUCUGUUGAUUGAUCAAGGAGAGCUACAGGGCCACAACCGGUGGCUGAGCAGGUGUCCGGGGAGACGGCCUGGCUGGACAGUGGAGGGAAGAGGAGCGCGUAAUGCCUCCGAGGACUGGAAGCGGCUGAACCCCGGGGGCCGCUGCCUCUAUCACCGCGUGAGAGGCAUCUUAAGUUGGUGGACCCAGCGACUUCACCAGAAGCUGGGAGGAGCAGGACCCGGAUCUGUCAGCGUUGGCCUCACAUCUGCAGGGCUCCUGUUGACUGACUGCUGGACACAACAUCUUAAACCCGGCUCGACCUCUGACCUCGCCUCUAAUUACAGCGAGGGGCGGGGCCUCGGUGACAAAAAAGAGGCUGGGGGCGGAACUACAGGCGGAGGGGGCGGAGCUAAAGGCCCGUCCCGGACCGUGGGACCCUCACUGUGCACAGGCCAUUCCCAAAGUCUUAGUGUGACCUUUGUUCUGCUGUAA